AUGAACGAUUUCAAGUCAUCUCCGGGAUCGGAACUAACUCAAGGAUGUGGAGAAGACGAUUCCUCCGUGAAAUGUAAAUCGGAAUACGGUGGUCGGUCCAGAGAUUUACCAAAAGUACCAAAAUCCAGUAGAAAAUCAGCCUCGGAGAAAGGUUCACCGACGAAAGAGAAAUCAUCUGAUAAGACCAAACGUAGGACUUCGAACAAAGGCACAUCAUCAUCGUCUAGGAAAACCAAGGAACAAGACGAAGACUCUUCUUUGUCUCAACGCAGUGUUGGAUUGCCUGAGAUUCCAAAGAAAUCAAAGAGGAAGAAGCCUAGAGAUGGUAACGGAGGGUCUUCGAGAUCAUCUACAAGAUUCGAUGUUGACAAAAUGUCGGAUUUUAUGUCUGAUGCUGGCUCCGUUAGGUCUAUGUCUCAAUUCGACGACGACAAAUGA